GGCGAUCUUUUCCGUAACCAAGUUGCAUUCCCAUUGAGUUCCCAAGGAAAAAACAAAAAAAGAAAAAUUUGCAUUUCCAUUUCUUCUUAGAGUUCAUACAGCUUUUCACCCAACAACUCUCUUCCCUGAAAAGAGAGAGAGGCAAAGGAAAGGGACAAUAAAUUUGACUCUGUUCUGUUCAAGAUUUAUGAUCUGUUGAAGGAUUUGAGUGGUUUUAAUCCAUUUGUUUUUCUUUCCGAAGUUUCUGCAAAUUUCUGGUUGGAUUUUGCUGAUGGGUGUUUGUUGGAGUGAUCGUUCCAAGUCUGUGAAUCUUCAUACAGGUCUUACAAGGUUUAAGUCUAAGAGAGGAGAUGGGGAACAUUCUCAUAUUUCCAGUAGCAAGGUAUCAUCAGCUUCUAUACCGGUGACACCUCGGAGUGAAGAUGAAAUUUUGCAAUGCCCCAAUUUGAAAAACUUCAGCUUUAAUGAAUUGAAAACCGCAACAAGAAACUUCCGCCCUGAUAGUGUUGUUGGAGAGGGUGGAUUUGGUUCAGUCUUCAAAGGUUGGAUUGACGAGCAUUCCCUCACUCCCACCAAGGCUGGCACUGGCUUGGUAAUUGCUGUGAAGAGGCUCAACAGAGAUGGGGUGCAGGGUCACAAGGAGUGGUUGGCUGAGAUCAACUAUUUGGGGCAGCUUUCCCAUCCUAAUCUUGUGAAGCUGAUUGGUUACUGCUUUGAAGAUGAUCACAGGCUGCUGGUAUAUGAGUUUAUGCAAAAGGGCAGUGCUGAAAAUCAUCUUUUCAGAAGAAGCUCUCACUUUCGACCGCUUUCGUGGAAUGUUCGGAUAAAAAUUGCUCUUGACGCUGCCAGGGGACUUGCAUUUCUUCACAACAGUGACGCGAAAGUCAUAUAUCGCGACUUCAAGACAUCUAAUAUUCUUCUUGAUGCAAACUACGACGCAAAGCUUUCUGAUUUUGGAUUAGCUAGAGAUGGGCCAAUUGGAGAUCAAAGCCAUGUCUCUACCAAAAUCAUGGGAACUCAUGGAUAUGCAGCUCCUGAAUACUUAGCCACAGGUCAUCUCACGGCGAAGAGCGAUGUAUACAGUUUCGGAGUAGUUUUUCUCGAACUGCUUUCAGGGCGACGAGCCAUAGACAAGAAUCGACCAACGGGGGAACAUAACUUGGUCGAUUGGGCAAAACCAUAUCUAGUAAAUAAGCACAAAAUCCGUCGCAUCAUGGACAAUAGACUUGAGGGCCACUAUGCUUUGGGACAAGCACAAAGGGCAGCAAACCUUGCAUUUCUGUGCCUAGCUACAGAUCCCAAGUACAGACCCAGUAUGAAUGAGGUUGUAACAAUAUUGGAGCAGCUUCAGAAACCAUCUGAGGUCUUGAGAAGUGAAAGAGAAGGUCAUAAUGGUCAUUCAAAUGGAGCAACAAAAAAUAUAUGAAGAUACUCUGCUGCAAUAGGCAAACUUGUGAAAUGUACAGCUGCUUUGAUCAAAUGUAUUUAAACCCAAUUCCCAAAUUUCAUAUCUUUGCUUUCAUCUUGUUUACUAUGCUUGCUUUUAUGUAACACACCAUCUAUUAUGAUAUUGUCCAUAUUUUUGUCAGAUAUAAAUAGAAUUCAUGGAGUACCAAAUUAGAAA